UUUGGAAAACCAACAAAUCGAAAAUUUCUAUUUGCUAGGAUUCAUAUCUAAGUGGGGUCCGACUCAGCUGUUUGAACAGUAUAUCCAUGUGCCUUCCGGAACUGCUCUCCCACGUGGGUCGCCUUUUUUGUAUCUGACCAUCAUAACUGACCACUUACCUCAACGUCGGAUCCAGUCCCAUCAAACCUCUCCCCAUUAUUGCAUUGUCUAAAGUGAAAAUACACCAGUGACAAUACAACCGCCACAAUCGCCACAAUGACAACAGUCAAUGGGUUUCUUCCCUUGAGCAAGAAAGUACCUGAGCUCACUCGGAGAGACACGCUGACCUCAGGAACGGGAUUGCUCAAUGGGAAUAAGAAGACAACGGAAGUUCCUCGAGGAAAGAAGGUUGUAACAAUCAAGCUCCCAGGUCUCUACACUGGACUCCUGGCCCAGCCUGCACGCCUGAAUCCUUUUCUAAAAUCUGACAUCUCGCGGCAAGCUGAAGAGUGGUCACGCGAGAUAAUGGGACUGAAUGAAAAGGGAUACGCCCGAUUACGGGGCGCUCAAUUCCCAUUGCUAGCAGCUGGUUUUGCUCCGGAUACCGAUGCGAACGGCUUUCGAAUACUUUGUGAUUGGAUGAUCUGGGUUUUCUACUUUGAUGAUUUGUUUGAUGAUGGAGAGCUUCGAAAUGAUCCGAUGGCAGCUCGACGAGAGAUCAAUGCGCAUUUGGCGCUCCACUCAGAUGAUCAUCCGGACGUGUCUCCCAAAGAACGGCCUGUGCGUCUUCUAUAUCAAACUCUCUGGAGAAAGAUCAAAGCGAUAUCGACAAAAGGUGCCCAACAACGUUAUAUCCAGUCAAUGAGGCAUUAUUUCGAAGGUAUCGCCCUUCAAGUCGACUCCGUUUAUUGGCAUUCUCAAGGUUACACCGCUACUACAUUCGAUAUGUAUUGGCGUGGACGUACCCACUCUGCUGGCAGCCGACCUUGCCAAGCGCUCCUAGAACCUCUGUACAAAAUCACACUGCCUGAUCAUGUGUGGGAUCACCCAAUGAUCAAAGAAGCAGAAGACACCGCCACACAUUUGAUCAUGUUUUACAAUGACGUAUUGUCGUAUCGUAAGGAAGCAAGUGAAUUAGUGCCGCAUAACAGCAUCCAUAUUUUGCAGCGAGAACGAGGCUACAGCUUGCAGGAAGCAUAUGAUUUUGCCAAUCAGCUCAUUAAGCAGAUGUUUCAGCGUUGGUAUUGGGCGCAGCAAUGCUUGCCAAGUUGGGGCGAAGAGAUAGACAUCCAAGUCCAAAAGUAUCUACAGGGCGUAUUGGACCAGGCGAAGGGAAAUUUGGAUUGGAGUUUUGGAUCACGGAGAUAUCUCGGAAAAGAUAGUGAAGCUGCCCGGGCCACAAUGACUUUGGAUUUUGUUGUGGAUGAGUAGAUGUCGGGAGAAAGGAAUGACUUUCUUGUUUUAGUUUCACGGCGUUUCGAUAUCACCUACGAGCAUUCCUUCGGCUGUUUUCCCUUGCAUUAUACACACAGAUAGAGUUGAACGACAAGUCUGAAC